UACAAUUUCCCGUGGAAGCCAAAACAGCCAUUAGCCAUGGACUACAUGAAAUUCAUCCUACUAAUUUCCUUUCUAUAUGCAGUCAUCCACAUCCUAUUCUCCAGCCUUAACAGAAAAAACACAAAAUCUCCCAAACUCCCACCAGGUCCUCCCUGUUAUCCAUUAAUUGGAAACAUAUUGCAACUUGACACAUCCAAUCUUCCCCAAUCACUAAGCAAACUCUCCCAAAAAUAUGGACCAAUCAUGACAGUUAAGGUAGGCACCAUCAAAACUGUUGUAAUUUCCUCCCCAACCUUAGCCAAAGAAACACUUCACAAAAAUGGGCCAGCCUUGAACACCAGAUUCACACCUGAUUCUGUCAAAGCACUCUCACAUGAAGAAGCUUCAGUUCUAUACAUGGCUGUUUCACCAAAAUGGAAUGCCUUUAGAAAAGUUUGUGGCACCAAGAUAUUCUCUUCUCAAAACCUUCAUUCCUCUCAAUCCCUUCGCAGAGAGAAACUCAAGGAGCUGAUUCUUCACUUGAAAGAAAAUUGCCGAGAGGGUAAAGGUGUUGAUAUUGCUGAUGCUACGUUUACUACAGUGCUGAACUCAAUGUCAAACACAUUUUUUUCAGUUGAUUUUGCUCGCUAUUGCUCUGUUUCUUCUAAGAAAUUCAGGGAUGUGAUUUCGAGUGUGCUGGUGGAAACUUCAAAGCCUAAUAUUGCAGAUUAUGGUUCAAUUUUUAGUAGAUUUGAUCCGCAGGGAGCAAGAAGAAGGAUGAGAAGCUAUUACCAGGUUUUGCUUGCAGAUUUUGAGUCUAUCAUUGAAGAAAGGCUUCAGAAGAAAGAUCCAAUUGAAGGAAGUGAUGUGCUGGACUCGCUUCUUGAGUACACUCGGAAGGAAAAGUCUGAGUUGACUUGCAAUGAUCUGUUACAUCUGUUUCUGGACUUAUUCAUUGCUGGGUUGGAUUCAACAUCAUCCACUGUAGAAUGGGCAUUGGCAGGGUUGCUACAGAACCCAGAGAAGUUGAAGAAAACCAUGAAGGAACUUCAACAAGUCCUUAGCAAAGAUGGAGAACUUACAGAUUCAGAUAUUAACAAGCUCCCUUAUCUACAGGCUGUUGUUAAAGAAACCCUUCGGUUGCAUCCACCAGGCCCCUUACUAGCCUACAAAUCAGUGGCUGAAGUAGAAAUUUGUGGCUUCAGGCUACCCAAAGAUGCAACUGUUCUUGUGAAUGUUUGGGGAAUGGGUCAUGACUCAAGCAUUUGGACUGAUCCAAAUUUGUUUCUACCUGAAAGGUUUUUAGAAGGUGAGGACAAUUUGAGAGAAGAUAUAGGAUUCAACCCUUUUGGAGCUGGUAGAAGAAUAUGUCCUGGCGUUCCAUUUGCUCAUAGGGUUGUGCAUACCAUGCUGGCAACACUCUUGUACCAUUUUGAUUGGAAGCUUGCAGAUGGGCAAAAAUCAGAAGCCAUGGACAUGACUGAAAAAUUCAUGGUUACUUUAAGCAAAGGAAAGCCUCUCAUGGCUAUUCCGGUCAAAGAAUGACAAAUGUGUCGCUGAUAUCCAUUUGUAGUUAAAACUUAAAAGCAAUGAAUGUCAUCAACCAGAAGCACCAGGAUAAUUACUCAUUAAUUUAAAUGCAUUGAAGAGUUAAGCCCAAAUGUUGGGGAAGGAAGACCAAAUUUCACUUGAGCGCGCGUAUGCUCAUUUCCACAUGUUCUUGUUGAAGAUGUCCCCUUCUCCCUAAUAAUGUUAACUGUAUAUUGUAGUCUGGUGGUCUUAGUGUAUCUGUGUUAUCUUGAGUAUAGUGCCUCAUGCUUUAAUAAACAGCUGAGAAUUACCUCCA